CCAAAGUUUAAUUGACGCGGGGGCUCUCUGAUCGGUGCAACCCUAGAGCUUGAAGAUCUUUUUCUUCUUCAAGAUGGGAAAUUGAUUUACAAAUUAGAAAUUUAGAAAUAUCAAUAAACAUAAGCGUAGUCGCUGCAGAUCAGGCAUCCCAAGAGACCUGAAUUUUUCCCGAGACAAAAAAGGUCGACUAUUCCCUCAAGUUAAGCCCUUCAAAUGGCUGGCAGAAAGCUGGUUCGCGACUUGUUACUGUCCAAGCGAUCUCUUUUUGUUCAAUUAACGUCUCGCCAGGCUUCAAGCACGAGGUUGCGUUUGCUUACUGCGGAUAGGUGUUCGAGUCUUCGUGGAUAUGGUGUCUUCAAUGAAUUCUCUAAGAAACUGAAAGGCGAAGCUGAUAGAAAUCCAGAAUUCCAGCAGUCUGUGAAGGAGCUGAAGGAUAAAGCAGAGGAGCUGCGAGGGGUAAAAGAGGGACUUAGAGAAAGAACAAAGCAGAAAACUGAGCAGCUGUACAAACAGGUUGAUGAAGUGUGGACAGAUGCUGAAGCUGCCGCAAAGAAGGUUUCUGAAAAUGUGAAAGAGAAGAUUUCAUUUGCUACUGAGGAGGUAAAAGAAACUUUUGGGAUUGGAAAGCAGGAUUCUUUAGGAUCUUCUGGUUCUCUGUCUGAACAGGAUGCUGAUGCAAAACAAGAAAGCCAGACCUCAUCCGAGGAUGAGAAACAUCAGAAAUCUGGGUCCAGUAAUGCUGCAGACUCUUUCUUUGGCAAAUUUAAGUCAACCAUUUCUUCCCCAAAUGUUUCUGUGGCCUUCAAAAAAUUGAAGGAAGCAAAGAUAGCCAACCUAGCCAAAAAAGGAUAUGAUAUUGUGAAAGAGGAGAUAAGUAGUAAUCCGACAAAGAGAACGCAUGUUCCUUUCAAAUCAAGUGGGGAAACGAGUACAAGAACAGAACUUCUUGUGGUGCCCUCACAACAAUCGUGGUGGGCUAAGAAGUUUGGUCAAUUUAAGGAGAAGGUGAAGGGCCAUCCUAUAUCCAAGCGAUUUGUUCAGUAUAGUGACCCUGUGAAGUCAAAGGGCCAGGAGAUUGUAGAAGACUUGCGUGAAAGAUAUGAGACCAGUGACAACCCCAUUAUUCACAAAAUACAAGAUAUAAAUGAUAGCAUGUUUCAAGAGUCAGAUGCCGCACUAUCAUACAAGGAAAUUUGUCAAAGAGAUCCUUAUUUCUCAUUGCCGGAAUUUGUGGGGGAAGUUCAGGAGGCAAUAAAACCAGUGCUUAAUGCUUACGUCAAGGGAGAUGUUGAAGUUUUGAAAAAGUAUUGUAGUCCUGAGCUCAUUGAACGCUGUAAGGCAGAACAUGCUGCAUACCAAAGUAAUGGUAUCUUCUUUGAUAACAAGAUUUUGCAUGUAUCCGAGGUUGAAGUGAGAGAAACCAAGAUGAUGGGGUCCUCCCCCUUAAUCAUCGUAAUGUUUCAAACACAGCAAAUCUAUUGUGUACGUGGCAGGAAUGGGUCAAUUACAGAAGGAGGCAAGGAUACAAUCCACACGGUUUAUUAUGCUUGGGCUUUACAACAAAUGGAAGCAGAAGAUCGAGGAGAAGAUUGCAUUUAUUUGAUGUGGAGACUAAGAGAGAUGCAACAAGAAGGAGUCCGAGCCCUCAUUUAAAUCACUCUAUUCAAAAACUGCUGAGGCUGUUGUAUAAUUAUUGCCCCCGUUACAUUCCUGCAAUGAUUCAUUGUCUUAAAAUUAGUCACGUUCUUAUUAUUUUUUAAUAAUAUGUCAAGCUAUUCUGCUGUA